GUUCAUUCUUCAGGCAUGGGCUUCAACCGCCCUAAAGAUAUAAAGAUAGAGGGCGCGGAAAUCGACACAACUGCGGGCAGAGGACGGAGGAAGACGAGGGUCCUGGUGGAGAAGAUGAUGAUGGGUUCAAGGAUUCCUUUCCUGCUCUCCCUGUUCCUUACGGCUCACCUCCAAGGUCCAUCUGGAGCCCAGCCCAUCUCUUGGUCAGAACUAACAGAUUUCAAGGAUCUUCUGCAGCGGAUUGAGAGUAAAGUGGCGCUGGCAGAAAAGGAUGAAAUCGAACGGGAUCCCAACGAUGCCAACGAGGAACCGGUGGGCGAUGCCGCCCAGCUUCUCUCAUCCUGGGAUGGCGACUACUCCAGACCCCCAAGCGACGGCACCAACUGGCAACCUCCCGAAAGAGCCCCAGCAGCAGCCGCGCGGAACAAACUGAGGGGUUUUUUCAACGCCCCCCGACGGUUAUCCAGCUGCUUCGGACAACGCCUGGACAGAAUAGGAUCGGUGAGCGGACUCGGGUGCAACAGGAGACACAAGUGAAACUCUGUGGAAGAAAUCACCUUGUAAGUCAUCUUAUCCCAAAGGCGUUUUUGUUUCAUUGUGACUUGAAGAUUCUUCCGGCCAAAAGAGUGUAUUCCACCGGAAAAAUUUAAUACACCAGAUCCUAGAAUAUCAGGAUUUUGUUCCAGCUGAAAUAUACCCCACAGGGCAAUUUUUGAGGUCCAAGCAAGACCACACAUAACCUGUAAGUCAACCGUUCUCAGGUCAAGAAUAAGGAAAAAAAAUCUAACAUUUCCCCCUAAUCAUGUGAAUUUAAAUACGUACAUGUUUUUCCCUCCGAUCCAUGCAUUUAAUCUCCUGGAUAAUUUGAAACCAGGAAUUCUUAAAUUCAGCACCAAGGACAGAGACAGGGUGAGUUCUUUCCACUCUGCACAAUUUUUAUCCAUCAAUUAAGAGUGUAAACAAUAAUUUACUUUCUUCCCCAUAAAUAAAACCCACUGAAGUAUGAAGAUAAAGAGACGGCGACAGGGAAUAAUGUUGUUUUCCAAAAUUACACAGGGCAAGAAAAUCCCCUUAAAAUGGCUUGUUGCCAAAAAAAAAAAAAAACCUGUACUAAGAUUUUGGGUUUGUGGGAAAAUUUGAAAAAAACCCAUUCUUUGAAUUAUUAAUCGGUUUUGAGAGAGAUUUUUUUCAUCCCUUCAAGUUUGAACGGACGCCAUCAACAAGCAUCGUGGAAUUGUUAGGAUACAGCGAGAAGAUAUUUAAUUUGGUGGCUUUAUUUAAUCUGCACGCAACCAAGGCUUUGUGGAACACUGGUAUGACUAAAUAAACAGGAUUUUAAUGA